AUGAUCCUUUUCUACUUUCUCUCCUCCAUGCUCAUUGUUAGCUUCCCCACUGAAGCUGCAUACACCGGCCAUAACUGCUCAACUUUGGCUGGCAACUCCACCUCCACCUUUAAAUCCAAUCUCAACCAACUCCUCUCAACCCUUUCCUCCAACGCCAACCGCAACAACACCGCGGGCUUCUAUAACGCCACGGUUGGCACAGCCUACGGCCUCUUCCUCUGCCGUGGUGAUGUGUCUGCCCGUGUCUGCGAAGAAUGCGUGGCCAACGCAACCUCGGAGGCGCUCCUACGCUGUCCCGACAACCAACAGGCUGUGGUUUGGUACGACAACUGCACGCUACGCUACUCAAACCAACCCUUCUAUUCUGAGGCUGCCACGUCGCCGGAGCUGGAAACCUGGAGCGAGCGGAAUUUGACACAGUAUGUGACGGAACCAGCUGAUCUUGACGAUGAGCUGAUUACAACUUUGGACAACUUGGUCCCCAAGGCAGCCAACGCCAGCUACAA